AUAAUUCUUGUAAGUUCCUCCCAAAGUGACCGGGACCAGAGUCUUUUUAUUAGCACAGACGAAGGAGCUACUUUUCAAAAGCAGCCCAUCGAUUUCUUUGUGGAAACACUGAUUUUUCAUCCCAAGCAGGAAGACAAAGUGCUUGCCUUCACUAAAGACGAACAGCUCUAUGUAUCGACUGACUUGGGGAUCCAAUGGACUCUUCUUCAGGAUCACGUCUCAAAAGAUCAUAUUUUUUGGUCUGUUGAUGGAGUUGACCAAGACCCUAAUUUAAUUUACAUGGAAAUCCAGGAUGCUGAUGGAGAUUUUCGCUACGUGGUCUGUCCUUCUCACAACUGCUCUGGUGAACAGCUGGGAGCCCCGUUCCUUGGCCACAUCGACCGCAACUCCUUGACAGUGCAGGAUGACUACAUAUUCCUUCAGACAUCAUCAGCCAAUCAAACAAAAUAUUAUGUGUCUUACCGUCGGAAUGAAUUUGUACAGAUGAAACUGCCAAAAUAUGCAUUACCCAAGGAUUUACAAAUUAUUAGCACUGACGAGAGCCAGGUCUUUGUGGCUGUCCAGGAAUGGUAUCAGACGGACACCUACAACCUCUACCAGUCUGACGCUCAGGGUGUCUCCUACUCAAUCGUGCUGGAAAAUGUCAGGAGCACUAAGCAGCCCGAAGAGAAUGUACUGAUAGAUAUUCUGGAGGUUAGAGGCGUCAAAGGAGUCUUCUUGGCCAAUCAAAAAAUUGACGGGAAAGUGACCACUCUUAUAACAUUCAACAAGGGCCGUGACUGGGAUUUCCUCAUUCCUCCUGCUGCUGAUAUGAAUGGCAAACCCACCCACUGCAGGCCACCCGACUGCCAUCUCCACCUUCACCUCCGCUGGCCGGACAACCCCUAUGUGUCAGGAAUGGUUCAUACCAAGGAUACAGCACCGGGACUCAUAAUGGGGGCAGGAAAUCUGGGUUCCCAGCUUGUUGAGUAUAAAGAAGAAAUGUAUGUAACGUCUGACUGUGGCAAAACCUGGAGACAGGUGUUUGAAGAGGAGCAUCACAUCUUGUACCUGGAUCACGGUGGAGUGAUUGUGGCUAUCAAGGACACUUCUAUUCCACUGAAAAUACUCAAGUUCAGCGUUGACGAAGGUCAAACUUGGAGCACUCAUAACUUCACCAGUACAUCAGUUUUUGUGGACGGGCUCCUCAGCGAACCUGGUGACGAGACAUUAGUCAUGACCGUAUGUGGUGACCGCUGCAUCAUGGGUCAGCAGAGGAGUUUUCGGAAGAGGAAGAGUUCGUCGUGGUGCAUAAAAGGGAGAAGCUUUAUGUCAGCACUCACUUCUAAAGUUUGUGAGUGUCGCCAUUCUGAUUUCUUAUGUGAUUAUGGGUUUGAGCGUUCAGCGCUGCUAAAAUCUGAGUCUAGCACAUGCUUUGCUGACUUUUGGUUUCACCCAGAAAUGCCUCCUGAAGACUGUCUGUUAGGACACGAAUACAGAAGCAGCACAGGGUAUCGCAAAGUUAUCUCUAACGUGUGUGAGGGUGGUGUGGAUUUACAGCAAAACGUGUCUCGACACCCGUGUCCGGUCACCGCUCCCAAACGAUUGCAGAUCAGCGUCAAAGGGGACAGCCUGGCAGUUAAGCCGGGAGAAAGUGUCUCCUUCAUUGUCCAACAAGAUCAGGGAGAUAUUGUAAAUACGAAAUACCAAGUGGACCAUGGAGACGGCUUUAAGGCCAUGUACGUGAACCUCACACUGGCAGAUGAGCCCAUUCAACACCGCUAUGAGAAUCCCGGGGUUUACCGUGCUUCGGUGACAGCAGAGAACGCAGCAGGCCGAGAGGAGGCAGUUGUGUUUGUUCAGGUUCACUCUCCAUUACAGGCUUUACAUCUCGAAGUUGUUCCCGUCGUUGGCAGAAAUCAGGAGGUGAACCUGACAGCCGUUACCCUGCCAAGGAACCCAAACUUCACGCUAUUUUACUGGUGGAUUGGAGACAGCCUUCAGCCACACCUUUCAUUGGAGAGCUUCCUGGUGACUACUUUCACAGAGAUCGGGGAAGUCAGAGUGACAGUUCAGGCUUCCCGUGGGAACUCCAUGCUCCAGGAUUCCAAGGUUAUCCAAGUUUUGGAUCAUUUUCCAGCCCUUCGCUUAAGGUUUUCCGAGUAUCUGGAUUUGUACAACCCAAACAUACCUGCUUGGCGAGAGGACAUCGGCCUUGUCGUAACGCAGCGGAUUGCAAAGGAGACAAACAUACCUGAGGAAAAUCUUGUGACUGUGGUAAGGCCUGGGUUGCCCACCACAGCGGACUUAUACGUGCUCCAGUCUCUGAACCACCCCAAAAAGAAAAGAACUAUAUCUAGCAAUAAGAGAAUAGCUGCAAUUAAGCAGUCCUUGGAGGCCCAAAACAUCAGCUUCUUCUUGAGAGAAGGGCACUGGAUCUUGGUGACCUUGGACAGCUCUGAUUCAGAUUCACAGGCUCUUGGAGGAGGCGGAGGAUAUUGGGUGAUCGUAGCCCUUUUCGUGAUCUCUCUAGUGGUUGUAGGCGCUAUCGUUCUAUACAAGUUUAAAAGGAAAUUGCCAGGCAGAAACGUCUAUGCUCAGAUGCAGAACGAAAAAGAGCAGGAAAUGACCAGCCCUGUGAACCGCAGGGAAGACACCCAAAAUAUCAUCCAGGGGGAGGAGUCUGGCGUGGUUCUGAGCAUUAAUUCCAGGGAGAUGCACAGCUACCUGGUUACCUGAUGUUCACAACCGAAUACCUAGACAAGACUCUUCUUCCACUGGGUCCCUCCUUUUCCCUCCGAAGAUGUAACUAUGGGUGGGAAAGAAGAUCCUUAAAUUGUCUUGAAGACAGAUGCAGCCGUGUGCCCCUUGGAAGAGAGGGAGAUCAUACAUCAUGGCUGAUGACUUUUUUCUUACACCUCAAACUAAGAUAGCAGAUCUGUAGCCCUAGACACACUUGCAAGCCCCCUUUUCUGUCUCCCCCUGCCCCUUUA